AUGUUGAUUCCAUUCACUUAUUUCACACUGUUAAUAAUCAUAUAUGGCGCAAAUUGUUGGCGUGUUACACAUAAUUUGCAUAGCAAUAUACCAAACCGCUAUAGGUUAAAUUCAGUUCGUCGGGGAGUGCUAACAGAAUUCAAAUACUACAAGCCUAGCAAAUAUUCCAAAGUAGGCUUUCCCCACCGCGACGCCGAUGAAGUUGUAUCUGAGCACAUUGAACAGACAGCAUCUAAUACUAGUGCGGAUAAUUUGAUUUUAUCAAAAUCAAAUCCAUCAUAUAUAGAACAAAUUAGAAACAAUAAAUACUUUCUGACAGAUUCGUUCAAGGAGGGUAUUAUCAACUGCCCCAGCUUCACCAAUGAAUAUAUACAAAUUGCCACUAUAACUAAAGUACAUGGACUUAAGGGUCAUGUUAGAGCUAUUUCAUUUGGUUAUCUGAAAGAUGAACAGGUUCUUAAGUCAAAAUACCUGUUUUUACACUUUGACGAGGAGAAUGAGUUCCCCUUGGAGCUGGAGUAUGGAAAAUUGUUAAAGGGUACAUAUUUGCUAAAGUUCAAAGGCAUAAACACCCCAGUUGAGGCUGCCAGAUUGGUUGGCGCUCAGAUAUCAGUUCCCAGUACUAGCAUAUCAGUACCCAAUGACAACGUGUACUUUACCCAUGAUUUAUUGGGCAUGAAAGUUUACUUAUACAGCGAUAUCUCCAAAACUUGCUUGGGAAAAAUAAUAGACUGCAUUUCUAGGCGUGAUAUCGCAUUCACUAGGAAGCUAGAACCUUUUACGGAUGACUUGCUUGAGUUGGAGCUUGAUGUGGGACUAUCACUUACACAAUUACAGUCACUAAUCAGUCAAUCGGAUAAUAUUGACGAUUCUUCUAAUGCAGAAAUAGAUGAACCAGUUACUUUGUUAAAUGAAAAUGAGUUGGAUUGCGCAGAUAAUGUCUAUGAGGGGAUGGAGGAAGGAAUUGCAUAUGUUAAAAUUUAUAAGUGUUCUGAAUGUAGUAAGACUUUUACCAAUCGCGCAUUUGCUGAUACUCACGUUUGCAAUUUGAAUACUGAGUAUUUAUCGCAGUCUCAAUCUAAAUCAGAUCUUGGUCUAGAUUUGGAUGGGGAAAUAUGCACAAAUGCAAUUGAAAUAGUACCCCUUGACCAAAUGAUCAAGGAAUCUCCGACUGGAAUGAAAAGGGUAUUUGUGCCGUUGGACAAGAAUCGGACGGUUAGAGUUAUCGAUUUACCAACUAAUUCGGCGUACAUCGACACUUUUACUGUGUUCCUAGCUGAAAAUUCAUGA